AUUUUAAGUCUGUUUAUUGCGUAUUGAAGUUGUUAAUAAAUUCAUUUGUAUUUUAGCUAAUAAACUAUUUUAUAACUUUUAUGAUAUUAAAAAAAAAUAGAUAAAAGGUAUUUUAUCUUUUAAUCUUACAGAUUUAUUUGAAAAUAAAUUCAUUACUAUGAGUGAUUGGAAUACAGUGACUAUUUUGAGGAAGAAACCUCCAAAGCCAUCUACUAUGAAAUCCGAGCAGGCCAUCAAUAAAGCAAGACGUGAAGGUGCUACUAUUGAAACUCAAGUGAAAUGGGGUGCUGCAACAAAUAAACAUCAAGUUACUACAAAAAAUACAGCCAAGUUGGAUAGAGAAACUGAAGAAUUGAAGCAUGAAACGGUUCCAAUAGACUUGGGUCGUCUUAUUCAGCAGGGACGUUUAAAGAAAGGCUUGAACCAAAAACAGUUGGCUACUAAAAUAUUCGAAAAACCACAAGUUAUUCAAGAUUAUGAGGCUGGACGUGGAAUACCUAAUCAAGUAAUCAUUAGUAAGAUUGAAAGAGUACUUGAAUUAAAAUUGAGGGGAAAAGAUCGUGGCAAACCAAUUCUACCCCCUAGUUCUAAAAAGUGACGAACUUGGGGGAGUACAAAAAUUAAAUAGUCACUGAUUUAUCUUAUAUUAUUCUUGAAUAAUACUGUGACCAACAUCUACCUUCAUAAAACUGUGUUUUAUAUAUUAUUUGUUUUACUUUGUAUUAAACUAAUAUUAUAAUUAAAAACUGUCAUGUUAAAUUUUUGCAAUUAUAUUGUUUCACUGUAUUAAAAAAAAUCUUUAUAUUAAAUAUUAUAAUCUAAUUCAUUUUUUGAUUAACUAUUCUAAAAUAAACUAAUUUACAAUAAAAAGUACANU